UCACUUCUCUCCUCUCCUCUCUUGAGACAGACAAGCACCUCCUCCUCUUCAUCAUGGCGACCAUGAUGUACUCCUCUUCAAUGAGCGGCGGCGGCGGCCUGGGCCGGGCGUCCUUCGGAUCCGGCAGAGGCAUGAGCUCGUUCAGCGUGGCCGGAGGGGCCGGAGGCGGUGGCAUCCGGGUCUCCCAGGCCAGCCGGUCCUUCUCCUCUGGUGGCGGCGGAGGUUUCGGCUUUGGAGGAGGCGCAGGUGCAGGUGGAGGUUUUGGCGGGGGUGCAGGUGGAGGAUUCGGCUUCGGAGCUGGUGCAGGUGGCGGUUUUGGUGGUGGUUUUGGUGGCGGAGCCGGGGCGGACGACAGCGUGAUCGGCAACGAGAAGUUCACCAUGCAGAACCUGAACGACCGCCUGGCCAACUACCUGGCGAAGGUGGCGGCGCUGGAGAAGGCCAACGCCGAGCUGGAGCUGAAGAUCCGGGAGUUCGCAGACACCAAGAUCAGCCCCUCCGCCAGGGACUACUCCCCCUUCUACAUCACCAUCGCAGAGCUGCAGGCCAAGAUCCAGGACGCCAUCAUCGCCAGAGGUACCGUCUCCCUGAGCAUCGACAACGCCAGACUCGCUCAGGACGACUUCAGAAUGAAAUACGAGAACGAGCUGUCCAUGCGUCAGUCGGUGGAGGCCGACAUCGCCGGCUUGAAGAUGCUGCUGGGAGAACUGGGCGUGGCCAAGACUGACCUCAGCAUGCAGAUCGACAGCCUGAGAGAUGAGCUGGAGACCAUGAAGAGGAACCAUGAAGAGGACCUGGCCUCCAUGCGCACUCAAGUGAGCGGACAGGUGAACGUGGAAGUAGAUGCUGCUCCUCAGGAGGAUCUCACCAAGGUCAUGGAGGAGAUCAGAGAACACUAUGAGGCUGUCGCCGCCAAGAGCCGCAAAGAGCUGGAUGGUUGGUUCCAGGCCAAGUCUGAGGCUCUCUCCAAGGAAGUCGCCACCACAGAGAUGACCCUGAAGACGACGUCCAGCGAGGUGAAGGAUGUGAAGAGUCAGCUCCAGGCUCUGGAGAUUGAGCUUCAGUCUCAGCUCAGCAUGAAAGCGUCUCUCGAAGCCUCCCUCAACGACGUCAACAGGCGCUACGCUGAACGGAUGAACAGCUUCCAGAUGCAGGUGACGUGUUUGGAGGAGCAGCUGAUUGGUCUGAAGGGAGACCUGGAGAGACAGGGACACGAAUACCAGAUGCUGCUGGACAUCAAGACCAGGCUGGAGAUGGAGAUCGGGGAGUACAGACGGCUGUUGGACGGAGAGGCAGCAGGAACCUUAUCUGGGUCUUCAUCUUCUUCUUCUUCAACCACCGUCACCAAAACCCUGGUGACGAAGGUCAUCGAGGAGACUCACUAAGAACCGAUCACACGCGUCUGUCUGACUGGGGGCGGAGUCAAGUCUCAGCCUAUCACCUUCCUGCUUGCUGAAUUGAGGAUGACCUUCACAUGGAGAGGAGUGUCUCACCUUUCACCUCUUGUUUCCUGCUUCAUAUUAAACCAGAUAGUUUAAAGAUCUGAGGGAAAACUUUAAUCAAACUGGGUUUAUGUUGGGAGAACUGUCCUGCUGGUCCACCAGAACUUCUGUCUUCAAGAAAUAAAACCACUAAACUCAA